AUGCAACAACAACAACAACAACAGUUGCAGCAUCACGAGGAGGAGGAGACAACUACAACAACAGUUACACGCAAGAGAAAGCGUACUACAACUGCCCCAGCACGCCCACGGGCCAAGAAGCAACAGCAGCAGCAGCAGCAGCAGCAGCAGGACGAGCCAAUCACCGUCAACAGCAGCAGCGAGGACAGCGAGGACGACUGCAACACCAUAGAGGAGGAUGGAGAUACUGUAUUCAGCAGCAGUGCGGUACCCUCUGUAAACAGAGAGAUGCCAGCACGUGCGGGACGUGGCACGAGGAAGUUUCGCUACGGUGACUAA